UUUAGAUAUAAGGUAAACUUACCAUUUAUUAUUUUAAUACAAUCUGUUGUUGGAUAGAAGAUGUUACAAAUAGUGGUUCCUUAAAUAAAUUAAUUUCAUAUUACCUUCAGAAUAUGGAUGAUAUGUAAUAGUUUUAACAACCUAUCUAUCAUAUUUACUUGAGAAUGCAGAAAAUAAAGUACCUCUUGUGAAAGCAUAAAUUUCAGAAUCAGAAUAUCUUUAAAUUUAUUCUUAAUUUCCUGCAUUAGUUGUUUUACGAGCAUUAUUAAUGGCUUGAAAGAAUUUAUACAUUUCUGAUUAUCUAAUAAUAGAACUUGAAUUAUUACUAAUCUAAGUUACCCCAUAAAACUUCAGAUCAUCCCCUUUUUAAUCACCACCACAAUAAUUCCCUAAAUUACAUGAAGUUGAUUUGUCCUAACUUGUGGCAAAUCUAUCUGUGAGCAAUUAAUAAACUGAUCUACUCUUUCAUUCAUCUUUGGUUUUUCAAUUGAUUACUAC